AUGUCUGCUAUCGCGACGUCCAAGAUACAAGUUCGCAGCAUCAAACUUGAUAGCGUGCAAACAUUUGGUGCUGUGGGAAUCGGAAGACUUGAGAAUAUAGCACCCUCGCUUCGCCAUUUCGACUACGCUUUCGAGAAGCUAGGUACGCUGCAGUUGCAUUUGAGGGAUCUGCGGUCUUCACACUCGGGUUUCGAAUUGGAGGCUCCACGCGCACCUUUUGUAGUACGGUUCCUGGCCAAGGCGCGGAAUGUGAAGAGACUGGAACUCAGCUGCUAUAGCAGUUUGGAUGGCGAUGUCUUUGGGGAGAUGGCACGACAUUGUCGGUUUGAGAAGUUGGAGACGUGCAAACUGUCGACUAUGCGUAUACAGGCGGCGGAAGAUCUUCUCGCUUUUCUUCAGCCAUCCGAGAAGACGCUUGCUACUCUUAGUCUGGUCAACAUUCGUCUCUCUGAUGAGGUUACUACGUGGAUGGAUCUUCUCAGCACUAUCGCUUCGUCAGAGGAUGUUCUACCAAAGCUAGAUAAUUUUUCUCUAGGAAACAUGUUUACCCUAAACAGGUUCAACAUUUGGUUGAAAGGAAAGAGAGGGUUGUGCUGUGUUGGCGAGGACUGGCGGGGCCAGUUGUUCGACGCCAUUAGCGAAAUCGAGGAGCGACCCCCGGAACUACCAUGGGGUAUGGUCGCUGUUGUAUAUCCAUUUGUUGGGUUUAGCGUGUAA